AUCCUAGAAAAAAAUGGCUGCACCCAGCAGAAGAGUGUUUGUUUAUAACCGUGGUCUUCGAAAAUACUGAAGUUUGUGAUUUUUUUUACGUUUUUUCAAAAAUAGUUUAUGAAAUCAAAGUAUCAAAGUUUUGUAAUAUUACCAUAUAUUAUGGUUAAAUGUUUGGAAUUUUGUAUUUUCCCAUGUUAAACAUUAGGAAAACCCGACGCAAUAUGAAGCCAGCACAACCGGCGUUGUGAAGAACUGAUUGCGAAACACUAGUUAUGGUUAUACGUACCGUUAUUAUGCGCAGUGUUUUUCACAGAUGGAGAUUCAUGUUUGGACAAAAAUUAUAUCCGGUUUUUUCUGAAAGUGACCGGACUUUAUUUUACUGCAAAAGAGUGGGUAAACAUUUACUCGGGUGUCGAUUUUACAUCAAAUUUGCCCCUACAAAACAAUUGUUCAGAUGCACGUCGAGCGAUUCUAAGGAUGAACCUGACUUAGAAGAUGACAGUGAAAAAUAUGUAUUUGAUAGCACCGGGCUCUACGAAGAUUCCCUGAGGGAUGUUUCCGAAGCGAGGCAGUUGCUGUAUCCAAGUUCGGACCACCCCGUCGUCAAGUUACUUAACGUGUCGUCAUCGGUGCAAGAAGUGUUCGACGUCUUGAGCAACCACGAAAGGGACAUCGAUGCUUGCUCGUUGAGCCAAGCCGUGCUGGUGCUGUGGGACCUGCAGAAAGCUUUCUACGAGGUGAACAUCAAGAAUCUCGGCGGCGGGGCUGAGGAGCACUCCCUGUUGCGGUUGAAAGACGUGUUCGGCGACUACGUCAGUCAGAUCCGCUCGCACCCCAGUUUCGAGAACCUCCUGGGCGGGGUGGGACGCCACGUGCACGAGUUCUCGACGGAGGCGCUCAUGUGCACCUUCCUGCACCUGAGCAAGAUGAGUGUCGCGAUGCACCACGAGGUUAUGCACCUGCUCUUGUCGCGCUGCCUGGCUCUGCUCGAGGAGGAUAAGGGGGAGAAGGUCUCCCUGCCAGCCCUCUCGUGGUUCAUUGCAGCGGUCCAGAACCCCGGACUGUGGUCUGUCUACAUCAUCAGAUAUGCACUGCCCGUUGUUUUCCAGAAGAUGGGGACGUGCGAGACGGCGGCAGACUUCCAGCUGCUGACGGCCUGCCUGAUCGGGGCCCACCGCCUGCUGGACCGGCGGAGGCUGGAGGAGUACAAGGCGCUGGCGGGCCGGCUCGUGGACGCGGGAGAGCUGACCGGCCGGCACCCCCGCGCCGUGCUCAAGGCCGCCUACCUGCUCAACUACCCGCCCUGGUCGCACUGCAACUGCCCCCUGGUCCGCCGGCUGCUGCUGCUGCUGGCGGGCAGCGUCGGCACGCUCCUGGCCUCCGACCUGGUCCACCUGCACCGGGUAUUCACGAGCCAGCUGGAGCCCGCCGGACUGCUGGAGGAGAUGCGCGAGCACGCUUCUCGCCUCCUGGCCGACUCGGACCGGCACGACGCCGCCCGGCUGCCGUCGCAGUGCGAGCUGCUCGAGUGCAUGGUCACCUUCUCCCCGCCGGCGCAGAAGCGCGUGUUCGAGGACCUGGCCUCCCGGCACCUGGGCGAGGGCUUCGCCGGCUCCGUCACGCCCCUCUUCAAGAUCCUGCGCCACCUCAAGACGUCCGACGCCCGCCUGUGUGACCGCUUCUGGUCGCUGACCGUAGACUUCCUGCGGGACCGCGAGGAGGAGCGGGAGGACUACCGCCUGCUCAAGAUCUGUUACAGGUACAUGCACUUCAACAGCCACCUGGGCGGCACGUACCGGCACGCCCGCUUCGAGGCGCACGCCCUCCAGUGGCUGUGGGAGCACCUGGGCUCGGGCGCGACGGGCCUCGUGCCCUCCAAGUUCUCGCAGGCGGCCGGCUUCGCGCUGGCCUACGCCGGGGACCGCGGGCCCGCCGGCCACCCCCAGCUCCUCGAGCUGGUCGCCCGGCGGCUGCCCGGGAUGCUGCCCCAGUUCUCCGAGAUCGACUGCCUCAACGUGUCCCGGGGGCUGCAGGUCAGCAUGAGGCUGCAGCGUCGCGGCCGACGCAUGGCCCCGCAGCUGCUCUGGAGGCUGGCGGCCGUGAACUCCGCCCUCGACGAGUGGUCCUUGGCCCGGCUCCAACGCCGGCCGCUCGGCCUGCAGGACGUGAACCUGGUGACCAAGGCGUACAUGUGCCGCCGGGGCGCCCGCAACACCCAGCUCUUCCACCAGCUCGUGCGCAGCUACGAGGACUCUGACGACGAUCUGAGCUCGCGGCUGAUCCGCGGCAUCUCCGUCAACCUGCUGCUGUCGCGCUGCCUGCUGCCGCGGACCAUCGACCGGAUGGCCGAGUACAGUGUCGCCAACUGCAGCCACGUCAUGGGCGAGACCUUCGAGAAGCUGCUGAGCCUGUGCUACAGCGUGGGCUACUGCCCCGCCUCGCAGGACGCCUUCCUCUCGGCCGCGGCCGGGGCGGUGUUCAGAGACAAGGAGCGCAUGAGCGGGAUGGCGCUCCUGCAGUCUGCCCUCGCGCUGUGCUUCUUCCGGCGUCUCUCGCUGCAGUUCGUGUACUUCAUCUUCACCGUGGACUUCAUGGAGCGUUUGGACCAGGAGGUGGCUCAGUGCUACUCCAAGGCCACGUACCCGACCAGGGUGCGCCACUACCUCAUGCAGUUGAACCGCGCCGUGUGCCUCGACUGCCCGGAGGCGAGCGUGCCGUGGUUCCACGACAAGUACGUGCAGCAGGUAGCCGCCCAAGAACCAGUCCCAACAUCGUCAUUCUUUUUGGACGUCCAGAAAGCUCUGACAGCAGUGGUUGGAGGAUCGGAGUUGGUUAAAAGCCACGUGUAUUCACCCUACGGUUACCACAUAGACUUCCAGGUGGUGCUGGAUGCGGACAAGAGACCUCUUCCCGGCAGGGACGCCAGCGAGGGGCAAGAUGUUUCCAGGGUGGCGGUACUGCUUCACGGCGCGCGGGAGUUCAGCGCGCACGCUCCGCGCCUGGGCGGGCGCGGCCAGCUCAAGACGCGCCACCUCGAGCUGCUGGGGUACCGCGUGCUCGCCGUCCCGGAGACCUCCUGGCACUCGAUGCACAUGAGCGAGCCCCACGCCAAGCAGGCCUUCCUGCGGGCCCGGCUGUUCGGGUGACGGGGCCGUGUCGCCUCCCGGGGGUCGCCUUCCCGGCCCCCGUAGCGCGCCUCUCCGCGGGGGGCCGCAUGUUCGGUGGACCAGGGGCGUAGCCAGGGGGGGGGGGUUUUAGGGGUUAAAACACCCCCCCUCUUCUUAGCACCAAAUAUUUAAUUAAUUUCUUAUUCAUCACUCAAACAAAUUUCAUAUUAAAAUUAAUAAAAAAAAAUUUUCAUUACAAUAUUUAAAUUUAAGUACCGAAAACUGCUAAAAUAGCACUAUUUUACACCUUAAAAUCCUAAUUUUUCCCUGGGGGACGACCCCCGGACCCCCCCACGCUUUAAUACGGGGGGGGGGGGGGGGGCAUGCUUCUUAACACCCCCCCAUACACAAAUCCUGGCUACGCCACUGCGGUGGACCACCCGCCCUCUGGUCCUACUCCCCAUUUCCCUUCUCCCACUCCCUUCUCCCCAAGCGCAGUCCCGAGCUACUUCAUUGCUGAACGAACUCAUGUUUACUAAGUGUCAUUCACUGCUCCAUCCCAUGAACUGAAGUAGAAUUUCACGCGAAUGUGUAGCUGUAUCAGUUAGGGUGUAGUAGUUUUGUGUCGCACGGCUAGAGAUGACAGCGGGCCCUACGAUAUAUUGCGGUAACCGAACCACUCGGGUGUAAUGACUCGGUGCUCUUUUGAUGAUGAAGUCAGGUUGGGGGUGUUCUGUCUGAACCCUCGACACUCGACGCGUCAGCGCGACGCGUCGGCGGUCGUGGUCACCGAGGGAGGGAACCUGCGUUGCAAACAUCUUGUUGACGUGCGUGGUGCGUUCAUGUUCGUCUGAAAACACUCUGAACUGAUCUUUGAGAAAACGUUUGCGCAUUCAUCAUCUGGCGUACAUGCUUCACAUUUAAGCCCUCUGGGAAAAAAACAAUUCCAUGUCUUUACCCCUUGCUGCAAGCGUAAAUUUUUGAUGGCGGAUAAUUUUUUUUUUACACUACCAUUUUAAAAAUCACAAUUGGUGUAAUAGAUAACACCCUACAGUUUCAUAUGAUUUAAGCAAGGUACUAUUUGCGCCCAAGUUUGGUUAUUUUUAACUUCCAGUUGAAAGAUAGGCACUUCAAUUGAAAGAUCUCAAUAAGUGUGCAUUUUAGGCUGAGAUGCUUAGUCCCAAGACAGAGUUUUAACAAUCUGAGAGUAAACUUACUUUAAUGAAUUAAUUUUUGAUAUUGUUUAUACAAAUUGCUAAAAUUAUGUGUGGUCCCUUCGGGUUCUUUUUAAUGAGAUUCGACCAUCUCUUUACACUUGUGUUCCACUUCCUUCUCCUUUUCUCCCACCGGUACUUAUAGUCAGAAGUAAAAAAAAACACUGAUGCCAUCUUUUGCUGUCUUUGCCAGCAGAAACCAGAUACUAUUUGCAGUUACAGCCAUUAAUUUUUAAUGUGUCUGUAUGUUGUACACAAGCAGUGCUGCUGUUAUUUUUUAAGCACCUUUGAAGAAUACAGAUUAUUUUUCUUGAGACAUGCAGCAG